CUCUCUCUCUCUCUCUCUCUCUCUCUCUCUCUCCAACAACCCAAUAGUGACGAGAGGUAUAUAUUCCAGCAGAGAAGUAGUCCCAGAUAUUCUCAGGGAACUCCUGGAGAACUGAUUGAUGAAGGGCUGGGAAGAAGAAGAAGAAGGCGUGGCUGGAUCGUCGUCGUACCGUUUUCGACAUCGCCGGUUGAUGGAUUCAUCACCUCCGGCUGAUUCAGGUCACUCGAGCCACAAUGGGAUGCCGAUAAUGGUCUCGAUUCUGGCGGUGGUCAUCGUCUGCACCCUCCUCUACUGCGUGUACUGCUGGAGAUGGAGGAAGCGCAACGCCGUCAGGAGGGCGCAGAUAGAGAGCCUGAGGCCACUGUCAAACUCGGACCUGCCUCUCAUGGACCUCUCCUCCAUCUACGACGCCACCAACCAUUUCUCCAAGGAGAACAAGCUCGGCGAAGGCGGAUUCGGGCCUGUCUAUAGGGGUGUUCUGGGGGGCGGCGCGGAGAUCGCCGUGAAGCGGCUGUCGGCGAGGUCCCGGCAGGGCGCGGCGGAGUUCAGGAACGAGGUGGAGCUGAUCGCCAAGCUGCAGCACAGGAACCUGGUCAGGCUGCUCGGCUGCUGCGUGGAGAAGGACGAGAAGAUGCUCAUCUACGAGUACCUCCCCAACAGAAGCCUCGAUGCCUUCCUCUUCGAUUCCAAACGGAGAGCUCAACUGGACUGGAAGAUGCGGCAGUGCAUCAUCCUGGGGAUCGCCCGUGGGCUUCUCUACCUCCACGAGGAUUCAUGCCUCAAGGUCAUCCACAGGGACCUCAAGGCCAGCAACGUGCUCCUCGACAACAAGAUGAACCCUAAGAUCUCCGACUUCGGCAUGGCCAAGAUCUUCCGGGAGGAGGGCAACGAGGUCAACACCGGCCACGUCGUGGGCACGUAUGGGUACAUGGCGCCGGAGUACGCGAUGGAGGGCGUCUUCUCGGUGAAGUCCGACGUGUUCAGCCUCGGCGUUCUGGUGCUCGAGAUCCUCAGCGGCCAGCGCAACGGCGCAAUGUACCUUCAGAAUCACCAGCAAACCCUUAUCCAAGAUGCAUGGAAGCUGUGGAGCGAGGACAAGGCGGCGGAGUUCAUGGACCCGUCGCUGGGCGGCGACUACUCCAAGGAGGAGGCGUGGCGGUGCUUCCACGUCGGGCUGCUCUGCGUGCAGGAGAGCCCGGAGCUCCGGCCGACCAUGUCCAACGUCGUGCUCAUGCUCAUCAGCGACCAGAUGCAGCUGCCGGAGCCCGCGCAGCCGCCGCUGUUCGCGGCACGUGUGAAGAAGGCCGUCGUCUCGGCGUCGGAGUUCUCGCUGGCGAUGAAGACGGAGACCACCAAGACGCAGUCCGUCAACGACGUGUCCAUCUCCAUGAUCGAGCCACGAUAAAAGAAAAAUGUCGCUUUCUCUUGAUUUUUAUUUCUCUCUCCCUCUCUCAAUCUAUGUGUACUACUACGAGUUUUUGAUAAGUUAAAGGUGAUGGAGAUCGAGAAAAAAAAUAACUGGACGGAGAUAAGAAAUCCACGGGAAGCUGUCUAGAUUGUUUCAUUCUUUGGUCGUGAGAUCAACAAGUGCUUGUAAAUACUACCAUCUGUUCUCUGAAAGAAAAGGUACUUGU